UGUUCUGGAUGGCCCAGUGUGUCUUCAAAGGGAGGACUUUUGGAGCCUGGGGCUAGAUGAGGAGAUUGGGAAUGCGUGCUUCAGGCUGGUAGAGGAGGCAGCCAGGCGACAGGGAAUGGAUGUCCACAUUGCUGACCUAUAUGACGUCCCUACAUGGAAACUAAGGGAACCUAGUUUGCCGUACUCCCUCUGCAUCUGUACUGGUGCCCAGUUUCACUUUUUGGAUGCUGACAUACCAUCUAUUCGGAAGUGGUGGUGUCUCCAGAUUCUGGAGAAAUUGUCAGUUGCAAGGCAUGGGCAGCACUUCGGACAGCGCUUUGCCUUCUGGACAGAGGCGGCAGAACAGCUGAUGGCAGGCAGCCUACCACCUAUUUAUAGGAUUUCUCGACCCCAAAUAGUCAAGGAGGAACAGAUAGAAGUGGAGGAGCUGCCCCUCACAUUGAAACAUAUGUACCAGGCGGAAUACAUUGUGAGGAACAGUUCUGGGCUUUUCACUGGCCAGGUGCAAGAACCGUCAUUCAUGUUGAUGGAUCAUGAUGACCAGAUGAAUGCAUGGAGGGUGCUGGAGGAGUCGACGGAGUGGGAUGCCAAGGAGCCUUUCAUGUUCAUUUUUGAAAAUAUCCAGGACAUGGAAGCAUUCAUGCUUAUUUGCAGAGACACCCUCAACCUGAGAGUAAAUGCUGGAUGUGGGGUGCACAGUCACCCAUAUACAGUUUGUUAGUGUGUGAGAGUAUAUCUGGGUGACUGUGCACCCCACAUACUGUUUGUUAGUGUGUGUGUGACAAUUUGUUUUUCUUUUUUUCUCAUUUCUUAUUAAAAAUACUCUGGUUCACUAGCUCACCAAUAUGUCUCAUGUCACUUCUGUGUGCAUACUAUGCUUUCUUUCAAGUCAUUUCCAUUGUCAGUUUGAAAUACUUUAUAAUGUUUCCCCAGACUUGUUUGUAGUUCUUUCUUCAUGUAAGUGCAGAUAGUCUAGGCAGAAAUGCAUAUUGUGUUGUCUUCUGUAAACACCAUUGAAGGGAUUAUUUUCCUCAUUUAGAUUAUAUAGAUAGAUAUAUUAGGCUAUAUAGACCCAUACUAAUACAAAAUCACUCAACCUGAAGCUAACUAAUAUUAGCAGCUUUUAAUAAAAAAAAAAUGACACAAACUGUCUUUGACGAUACUACUGACCUCAGAUCGAAACACUGCAAGUUAAGUAGGCCUAAUGCCAAACAGCAAUGCAUCCCAAAGGGGAGUAUGGAGGAAACUGAAGUUUUACAGUGACAGAAAGACUUUAUUCCACAUGUAACCAAAAUCGUGUAUGUUCAUGUUCAACAACUCCUUUAUUAUUUUGGAUUGUCAACCACGUAAACACAUCGUAAUGCAUAGCGUAAGCUACAUUUAAAAACAUCAAAAUAGACCCGCCAUGAACUGUUAAAUGAAAAACACAAUGUAGCCUACAAAGAUCUGCCGGCAGUUGUGCCGCCUGGCUGUUAAGUGUUUCGUCGCGUGACGUUUUCUACUACGUAAUUACGCGCAUGCGCAGAACGAAUCGUGCAGGUGGAACGGAUCGUGUACUCACAGGUAGCACAAAAAGAGAUGGAAACCCAGUUUGUGUGAGCAGUAAAUGCGGUAAAUUUACCGGAAAAGACAGUCCGUCAAUUUAGGACUAUUUAUCAUGUGUGAAAGCUGCCGUUGUACCAUGAGAAAAAUUUUCUCAAACUGUUCUUAUUCGAUUAUUAUCAUUAUCAUUACUUUCUUCAUAAUAUGCCAUUUCUUUUUGUUGUGUGGCUGAUGUUUUAAAAUUAAUUUAAAUAAAACUGUUAAGACCGUUACCUCAGAAAAAACGCAGUGUGGGGUCCUCUCAGAAGUGAGUCGGGACUGUGUGCGCGAUGGUCACAGACCUCAGCUUAUAUAGGCUCGCUGCCAAGAAUUUGACAGAAGUUUGUAAUUUAAUAUAUUUUAUUUUUGACAAAUUUAAUGUACAUUUACAUAAUGAUACCUUGCGUAAUACUACUAAAUGACCAAAAAUAAUAAUAAUUCUGCGAUGGGGCUCCCUACCCCAAUAGUGGUGUAAGAAUUAACACGCUGCGGCAGUGCUUUCUCUGAACACAACAGUUAUCCUCUCAAAAGAAACCACGUAACAUAUAAUAAAGGUGUAUCAUUGCACAUUUCCCGCCAGUCCUGUGUAAACUACAGCACGCAAAGUUUUUUAUUUAUUUAUUUUUUAAUAUCGUGAGAUGGCGGAGUGCAAGAGAACACAGUCUGAAAUAGCUACUCACUUGAUCUUGCUCGUCUGCUCACUCUUGGUGAUGUCUGUGCCCUGGCCUAAACGAUAUUAAUGACGGAAAACUGUCCUCCUCGGGGUAGUCUG